AUGAAUUGCAUCAAACAAUUUCUCUUGGCAAUUUGCUUUUCUCUGGCCCUAACAUGUCAAGACCAUGUCUUAGUCGGCGGCACCACCACGAGAGACAUUAUAGUCCCGAAGAUUUCUGAGUGGCAAGUCACGGUUGUUAACGGUUUGACAACUGGUGAAACUCUUUUCAUCCAUUGUAAAUCUAAAGAAGAUGAUCUAGGUGAAAUUAAUCUGAAGUUUAGAAAUAGAUUUUCUUGGAACUUCGGAGAAAAUAUGCUUCACUCAACUUUUUUUUGGUGCUAUAUGAACAAAGAUAAUGGUCAUAUGAAUGUAAACGUGUUUUGGGAUGAUGUUAUCUUGUUCCAUAGAUGCGGUUGGAAGAAUUGCAUUUGGACUGCAAAAACUGAUGGCCUUUAUCUUUGGAAUUCAGCGAGCGGUGAAGAUGUAUUGUCAAGAAAAUGGGAAGUUGGAUGGUGA